UUUUACAGUCCAAAGUAUCUACAAACAGAUAAUAAUUUGGCAUGGAAAAGAAUCCGGGCAACAGGUGUACAAAGUUAGAGCCUUGAGCUGAAGUGGCUUUGCAAGCAGCUCUGCCUCUCACGGGCUCUGAAGGUGACCUUGAACAGGUGAUCCGAGUUAAUCUGAGUUCUCCACGUGGAGUUUCCUGGACUGCUCACAGAUACACAAUAGUUGCAGUUACAGCCUAGAGAAGGACAAUCUGGCUGGAUGCUUCCCCAGCGGCGAGCAGCUCCUUCCCACUCUGAGCUAGAGCUCACUGCAGGAUUCAUCCUGUAAACGAUAUCCCUGGAAGAGUCCCGAGAUGCUCUCAUCGAAGUGGAAAUGCUGCACUGGGGACCGAGCAAGAGUCUGGGCAUUUGGCUCCUUCCUUGGCCUCUCCGCACCGAUCUCCACCUGAAGACGCCUAUCUUCUCAGAAGCUCAAAGUAGAAGCCGUAUACUGAGGAGAGCAGACAAAAAUGAUGACGGAAAACUGUCCUUUGAGGAAUUUAAAGCAUAUUUUGCAGAUGGAGUUCUCAGUGGAGAAGAACUACAUGAUCUCUUCCACACCAUCGACACACACAACACCAACAAUCUUGACACAGAAGAGCUGUGUGAAUAUUUUUCUCAGCACCUGGGGGAAUACGAGAAUGUACUGGCUGCACUUGAAGACCUGAAUCUCUCCAUCCUGAAGGCAAUGGGCAAAACCAAGAAAGACUACCAAGAAGCCUCCAACUUGGAACAAUUUGUCACUCGGUUUUUGCUGAAGGAGACCUUAAACCAGCUGCAGUCUCUCCAGAACUCUCUGGAAUGUGCCAUGGAAACAACUGAGGAGCAAACCCGUCAAGAAAGGCAAGGCCCCGCCAAACCAGAGGUUCUGUCUAUCCAGUGGCCCGGAAAGCGAUCCAGCCGCCGAGUCCAGAGGCACAACAGCUUCUCCCCCAACAGCCCACAGUUCAACGUCACCAGUCCAGCACUGUUAGAAGAAGACAACCAGUGGAUGACCCAGAUAAACAGGCUCCAGAAAUUAAUUGAUAGACUGGAAAAGAAGGAUCUGAAACUUGAACCUCUGGAAGAAGAAGUUAUUGAGGAGAGUACUAAACCGCACAUCAUGCUCGUGCAGCGCCAGAUGUCCGUGGCAGAAGAUGAUCUGGAAGAAUUCCAGCUUGCUCUGAAACACUACGUGGAGAGCGCCUCGGCCCAAAGCGGGUGCCUGCGUAUUUCUAUACAGAAGCUUGCAAAUGAAUCUCGCUACAUGAUUUAUGAGUUCUGGGAGAACAGCAGCGUGUGGAACCGCCACCUCCAGACAAACUACAGCAAGACCUUCCAAAGAAGCAACGUGGACUUCCUGGAAACUCCGGAACUCACGUCGACGAUGCUAGUUCCCGCUUCAUGGUGGAUCCUGAACAACAAUUAGAUGUCUCUACACAUUACGGUCCCAAGUACAAGUGUUCUAAUCUAAAAUGCAAACUGGAAAGUUCUCUGUGGCUGACAAAUGGCUCACUUUUGUUCAAUGUGUUUACUGUAAGUACGCUAUUCUGCAGUGUAUUCUGGGACUAUUUUCAAAGUUUAUUGUUACUCUUGAUAAUUGAUGCUAAUUGAUUUGCUACAUUGUUGUUGGUCAUUAUAGCAAAAUCCUAAUAGAUAAAAAUGGCAUAUAGAUAAAGCCAUGAAACUGUAAGAGCUAUGGUAAAAUCUAGCCGAGACCUUCUGGAACAUCAUAGCAUGUGCAGAAUUGUAUACUGGAGCAUCAUAACAUGACAGGUUUGUACACUGUCACAUGCUCUAAAUGAUUACAUCCGUGUUCAUGACUUUUUCAGUAACAUUGUUCUGUGGGAGAGACAUUCCUCAGUAAGGUUCACAUGUCCAUCACAUGGUCCUCCAAAUAUUCCCUUUAAUAUUAACAUAAAUGCAGAAAACAAACUUGGCUGUAGCCUGUAGAAGCUCUGCCCAUGUGUCAUGUUGUAAUCUGGUGUUUUGCAAGUGAACAUUCCGUAGUAACUUAUGGCAUUUACUUAUGUGACACUUUUGUUUGUUAGUAUCAUGAUUCUUAUAUAUAAGCUAAGCAUUACUGAUCAAACUUUGGGGAAAUUAAAGUUUAUGGCAGAAGGCUUUGGUAUAUAAUCAAAAUAGCUGAUUACUAUGAAAAGUGAACACUUGCAUUUAGAUUUUAAAAAUCCAUACUUUAAAUCAAAUUUCAACUCAACAGAGUAAAGAAAUUUAAAACAAGCACAAAAGUUUAGUACUAAAUACACCUAUUUUAUAGACUUUCCUGGGUGUGAGAAAGAAUGUGUGAAAAUGCAUACAUACAGACUGGAUCCUAUAACAAAAAGGAAACUCGUAGGUGACACACAACAAUGACGCCAUAGCAUAAACAUCUCAUUCUUAGAAAGCAAUACAUUUCUGCUUAGUGAACGAGUUUGGGGUUUUGUUUCUGUCCCUUUCUCUGAGGUGAAAA